AAACUUCAAUGUUGAUUUUAUUAAUCCAAAUGACAUAAACCAGACUAAACCUGAUAAACUUCCUGCAAAGAUAAACGCAACAUUACCUUCAAGCUGUAAAAAUCUAAGUGUUGAGUAUAAAUGUUCAGGAAUCAACGAUGAUUCUGUUGAACUUUCUGACAUGAAGCCGUUCACAGACUACAGCUGUACUGGUGACAUCAAGAUGAACAAUGGCUCCAUAAUUCAGACACUUCCACUUGUCCAGUUCAACAUUAACUGUGAUUUUACAGUAAACAACCUGGAGACCAGUUCAACCAAUACUUCCAUUGAGCUGAACUGGAAAACAAUGAGUGAUAAUUGUCAAAAUGUUCUCAACAAACUGGAUGAUCUCUCUUAUCACUGCAGCUGUCAGCAAGAGAAAGGUGAUGGAGGAUAUUUUACAAUGGAACAAAGAAUUAUUAAUCGACCUGAAGAAACAACGUGUGUCUUCACCAGAGGAAUUAAACCAUUCAGGAAUUACAGAUGUAAAGUUCAUUCCAGCUACACUGGACGAGGUGAUUUUAGAGAAACAAGAGUUGAAGGGAAGACUAAGUCUGGAAUACCAGAACAACCUCAUAACGUUGUCAUGACAGUUCCAGAGAACAAUAAGAUCGAAGUGACAUGUUCAUUAAAUUACAUGGAUUUUAAUGGACCAGACGGAAAAUUCAGUGCAAAACUUCAAGGCGUUACUGGCAGCAGAAAGGAGAGCAAAACAUGUCAAUUUAAAUUUGAAGAUCUGAGCUACUUAACAACCUACAGAGUGGAGGUGUUUACUGUCAACAGAGAUUUUACCAGCUCACCUGUGAGCAAACAGGCUGACACUAAAUACAAUGACAAAGCUCUUAGUGGCAUUUUGAUCUUCAUCCUCAUCAUUCUCAUCAUCAUACUUGUAGCGCUGCGUCUGGCAGUCUUCAUCAAAAAGCGAAAGAAGUCAAAGAAUGUUACUAAAGAAGAAGUUAUGCUCACAUCAAGAGCGAAGGCUUACAUAUGAAGACACCGUGGCGCUGAAGACCAAUUCAUCAUUUGCUGUCUGUGCUUGAAUAUCAAGUUCGUUUGGAGAAGAAAUUCAAAACAUCCACGCCAAAAUUUUCCAGAUUUUGAUUUUAAUGUUUUGUAAUAUAUAUAUUUUUUUAUUCAGAUGUUACAACUGUCUAUAGCUGCGGUUGUUACUAAAUGAAUCUAUCUGCUGCUAUAGAUGCAUAUGUUGUUUAUCGCUGUGGUUUCUCUGUUCUCUUUGUUUCUCUUUUUCUGCAGGUGUAGAAUCAAAUAAACAAAAGAAGCA